GCCUUCGUAGAUCUUUGAAACUUGAAACAGUACUGAUAAUCGAAUCGUUUUACAAAAAAUAUGUACGCACGGACUCGCAACUCGUACCUGGUACAGUACGAACCAUGGUGAUUUCAAAUUGACAGAAUAAAUAACAGCCCUUCUUGAAUUUGAAGACUGAAAGUUCUUCUUAAUCAUCGAAAGAACGCCACGAAGUUUCGCUGAGAAUGUAACUACUGUAAGUGGUAAUUUGUUAUUAUCAUUCCGCUGUUUCCCUGGCUGGCAUGAGUAGAGCCCAUAAUUGCUCUGAACCACAUUGCUUGACGUUCUCUUCAUUUUAAAUAUACGAAGUGGUUCCAACGGGAAAGGUGAUCGUCAACAUCAACCAUCGUCGAUCGAAGUUUCUCACAGCAUGGAACAAGAGCUCCUGCAUCAAUGGCAAAGAACGAAACAAAAAGUACGAACAACACCGAGGGCCAGUUGAUCGAACACCAUGUGGAUCCGACCGGAAGUGACACCUCUGAAUCCGAUGAUGACGAAAUCGAGAUUCUCCUUGAUUUCAAGAAAUUUGGSAUUCUAGUCUUGUUGCUGUUUUUCAUCUUUCCUCUGCUGCCUUUGGGUCUAGCAACCAUAUUCGGYGCAUUAUUUGUAUUAUGCGAACCCGACACAACCUUCGAACAGGGAUUUUUGUACGUCGUGUCCAAUCUUCUCGGAAUGGCAAAUCCCCUGACAGACUACAGCCCGAGCGGCGUAGCAGUCGGCAUUGUACUUGAUAUUUAUGUCGCAGUCACUGCCCUUGUUUGCUUCGGUAUUCUGCUAAAUAUUGUCAAUCUUUUCGAUGUUCCGAAGGGAAUAAAUCGCAUGAUCAGAAAAUGCAUUAAAAAUGCGAUCUUGGUCCCUCUGGUAAGUUCUCGAUUCACUUCGAUAGCACUUCAAUUUGAGUUAGUGACAAUUAGAACGAUACUCAUACCGUCAUUAUUUUCCAUGAACUAUGAUAAUUGCAUAGAUUGCUCUCGGUGUAAUCAUUCCG